UCCCACAACGAUGGCGUCCCCACGUCCUGAGCAUGGACUUGAUAGCAUCGUUGAUACUGAUGCCAGACAAAAUGAAGAGGGGAAGAAAGCUGGGCCUAUCUCAUUCGGAUUUAGUAAAACUAUAACUAAAGCAAAAUCCAGCAAAGAAGAGGAGCGAGAUUUUUUGAUUGAAGUGGAUGAGAAACAACUGAAAGGCACUAAACCAACACAGGAAAAACCAACAGAGCUGGUCAUCCCCUUGAUACGCAAAAACCGCUGGUAUAAGGAUGAUGCCAAACCCGGUGAGAAAGGAGAUUCGAAGGAGAACUCUGCAGCGCAAGAAGAAGAGACAGUUGAAUCUCUAGCUGUCAAGGAGCUUAUCGAAGAAUCUAGGAAGCAGCUGGAGGACUGGAAGAGUGGGGAUCAAGUAGACCCCAACAUGGCCAUCCCACUGCUUAUGCAGAAUCAAGCCCCUGAAGGCUUUGAGGAUGGAGACUGCGUCAAGGUGGACCUGCGGCCAGAGUCGUCCACAGAGGCGGACUAUGAGCAGGUGCCGGUGGAGGCCUAUGGCAUGGCCAUGAUCCGAGGAAUGGGCUGGAAACAAGGAGAGGGCAUCGGACGCACGUUCAAACAGGACGUGAAGCCCAAGGAGACGCAGCUGCGGCCCAAGGGCCUGGGUCUGGGGGCUGACCGCUCGUCCAUCAAAGACCUGGAGCCCGGCCGGCCCAAGCGCCCCCCCAAGCCUGGCGAGGAGCGCAAGGAGGAGGACGAGCAGUUGGUGCUGGGGCCGGGGGCCUUCGUGCUGGUGGAGAGCGGCGCACACAAGGAGCUUUAUGGCAAGGUGGAGGGGGUUGAUCCAGACAACGCGCGCGUGGUGGUGAAGCUGGCCAUUGGCGGCAAGACGGCGACAAUCAGCCAGCACUCUAUACGCCUGGUCACCCGCAAGGACUACGAGAGAAACAGCAAAGACCUCAGUCGCCUCAGCAAAGCCCACAAGGAGAAAGAGAAAGAAAAGGAGAAGGCGAGAGAGAGGGAGAGAGAGAAGGAGUCUACGCGAAACGGGAAAGACGAGCGGACGAAGGACAGACCGUCGGAGAGGGAGCGCGAACGAGACAGAGGAAAUCACCGAGACAGAGGUGGAGACGACCGCAAGAGGAAGCAUCACGAGCCGAGCUCAGAUCGGGACAAGCCCCCACCCCAGAAGGAGUCACGGCUGGCCCCACCCGCCCCCACCUGGCUACAGAGAGACCUGAGAGUGCGAUUCAUCGACAAGGUGUUUAAAGGGGGCCGCUACUACAACUCAAAGAUGACGGUGGAGGACGUGCUGACCCCUUACACCUGCGUGUGUCGCACAGAGGAGGGGCGACUGCUGGACGAUGUGAAACAAACCAUGUUGGAGACCAUAGUUCCAAAGAGUGACACCGACUACAUCAUGGUGGUGCUGGGGCAACACAGAGGACAGGUGGGCCGAAUUCUGAGGCGGGACAAAGAGAGGUGCCGGGCCAUGGUGCAGCUGGACCGGUAUGAGGAGCAGGUGUUCACGCUGGACUACGACACCAUCUGUCACUACGUGGGCGGAGUGGACCACUGAAGCGUGCCCGCCCCCGCGCCACUCACGCCCGGCCCGCCUCCGCGCCAUUCUCGCGCCAGACCAUCCUUCCUCGUUCCCACUGUCACUCCGCCUGCCAGCCCGCAGUGUGCCCGCACCACCGAGGGGGAGAAACUCCAUCACCGCCCAGACCACCUGUCACAAAGUGCCCCCUUUACUUGCCCACUCCCACCCGCAGUAGACUCUCUCGCUCUUGUUUUUAUAUGGCCUGUAAGAUGAUGUUCCAUUGAUUGUUUUCUGGGAUUUUUGUAAUAAAAAAUAUAAUGUCAAGACUCAA